UUUUACUUUCCUAAUACUUGUUUUCCUCUUUUCUUCAGGCAUGUGCUUAUAAUUAUUUACAAUGAAAAACUUAUAGAUAUUGUGCGGUAUCACUUGGAUUUUUGGUUUAAUUUAAUCUUAUUCAUUAAUAUUGUUAAUUACGAUCCAUAAUGGCAGACACAUCUAACAAAGAACAAUCUGUUACCAAAGUUCCGAUGAUAUAUGUUUGUGGAGAAUGCCACAGAGAGAAUGAAAUUAAGCCAAGGGAUCCCAUUAGAUGUCGAGAAUGCGGUUAUCGAAUUAUGUACAAGAAGAGGACUAAAAGAUUGGUCGUAUUCGAUGCACGGUGAAGCUGAAGAUUGACGAGUUCUACGCUUUACUUUUUACUACUACGUAACAUAACCAUCUUUAAAUAUGAAUGAAUAAAUAAUAUUCUGAAA